AUGACCACGUGUGGCUUCAACGGAUGCCCCCACGCCCCCCUGCCGCACCCGACCAUGCUCGUUCCAGAGGCACCGCCGGAAAUGCGCCAUCGGCGACUUCUCCAAUCAAGUGGCAACGCCCGGGUCGGUUCGUACUGCUGCAAACACAGUGCAUCGUCCACCAAAACUACGUGUGUCGUGGACGGGUGCACCAAGACAGCACGCGCGCGACACCGGUGCGUGGCACACGGAGGCGGUCGGAACUGUACCGUCGGGGGAUGCAAAGCCCACACGCGACAGCGCGGGUUGUGCCAACGCCAUAGUCGCCAAAAGGAGGUCGCAGCGUCAAAUGCAAUCGACUUUGAUUACCAACGCGAGUUGGCGGAGUUAUGUACCAAGUCGACAGUCGAUAUGGCGUACGACGUGGUUGAGUUGGAGCUUCCACGGCUCCCAUAG